AUGGGCAUCGACGUCAAAAAGAAAGUGCUGAAGCGAAAGCUGAAACAAAUGAAAGACGGACACGAGAAGAAGAAGGCGAAGAAAAGAGAAGAGCAGAAGGUAGAAGAACCGAUGGAGGAGGAAGUGGACGACGAGGAUGUGGCAGAGCAGGAAGUUCAAGAAAAAGAGGAGAGCGACACGAAGGUGUCCGAGUUUCUGACGAAGACCACGUUCGCCUCGCUUGAGGGAAAAGUGAACGCCAAUCUCUUGAAGGCUGUUCACAAUUUGGGAUUCACUACUAUGACCGAAAUCCAAGCGAAAAGCAUUGACCCACUGCUCGAGGUACGAAAAUACACUUUUCCAUUGAGUACGCCGAUUUGUUUCAGGGAAAAGACGUGUUGGCAUCUGCGAAGACCGGAUCUGGAAAAACGCUAGCGUUUCUGUUGCCAGCCAUCGAACUGCUGCAUAAGUUGAACUGGAAACAACACAACGGCACUGGAAUCAUAAUCGUUUCGCCAACGAGAGAACUUUCUAUGCAAACGUACGGAGUUCUUUCCGAACUUCUUGAUGGCUCCAACUUGACCUACGGACUCGUGAUGGGAGGAUCAAAUCGCAGUGCUGAGAAAGACAAACUCGCCAAAGGAGUUUCUAUUCUCGUCGCCACUCCGGGACGUCUUCUAGACCACCUCCAGAAUACUGACAACUUCCUCGUGCGCAAUCUCAAGUGCCUCAUCAUCGACGAAGCCGAUCGUAUUCUGGAUAUUGGAUUCGAAAUCGAAAUGCAACAAGUGCUCCGCCAUCUGCCGAAACAGCGUCAGUCGAUGCUCUUCUCGGCGACCCACUCUCCCAAAGUCGAUGAGCUCGUCACAUUGGCUCUGCACUCGAAUCCAGUCAGAGUUUCUGUCAAUGAUACUGCCGAAGAAGCGACCGUGCAAGGACUUCAACAAGGAUACAUUGUAGCGCCGUCGGACAAACGGCUGCUCCUUUUGUUCACUUUCCUCAAAAAGAAUAAGACCAAGAAGGUGAUGGUGUUCUUCUCUUCGUGCAAUGCUGUCAAGUUCCACCACGAACUUCUCAACUACAUUGAUAUUCCGUGCAUGUCAAUUCACGUAGGCCAUUAAGUGGUGAGACGCUGACCAUAAUCAAUUAUUUACAGGGAAAACAGAAGCAACAGAAAAGAACGACUACAUUUUUCCAGUUUUGCCAGGCCGAGAGCGGUAUCCUGCUGUGCACUGACGUGGCGGCGAGAGGACUCGAUAUUCCCGCCGUUGACUGGAUUGUCCAGUACGAUCCUCCAGAUGAACCACGAGAAUACAUCCAUCGUGUUGGACGUACCGCUCGCGGAAAGGACGGACGUGGAAGAGCUCUGCUCGUUUUGAGACCAGAAGAACUUGGAUUUUUGAGAUACUUGAAGGCUGCUAAAGUGACGCUCAAUGAGUUUGAAUUCUCGUGGAGCAAAGUUGCCAACAUUCAGUCGCAGCUCGAGAAUUUGAUCAGCAAGAACUAUUAUCUGAACAAGUCAGCGAAAGAGGCGUACAAAUGCUAUUUGAGGGCAUAUGAUUCUCAUUCUCUGAAGGUAUGAGGUCUAAUGAUCACAGCGUUUCAACACAUUUUUUGUUGCAGGACAUCUUCGACGUGACCAACAUGGACUUGACUGCGGUCUCCAAGUCAUUCGGCUUCUCGGUACCUCCGUUCGUUGAUCUUCCGAUCAGCAAUAAGCCAAAGGUAGAUAAUCCCGAAGGCAAAAGCUAGAAAAGUUGUGUUUUUUCAGGUCGAAGUGCGGUCGAAACUGUCUGGCGCUGGAUAUCGCAAGAAGAAGCAGUCGUUCACGUUCAAGACAAAGAAAUAA